GCUGAGAAGGCGACUGGGUCUACACAUUCUGGAGAUGACCUCCCUUUGUGUCAAGAUGAGGUUGGUUCGAAAGGUUGACUAGUAGAAAACGUCCGCGGAUGCUGCAAUGCUUCGAGUCAGAUCUGCAUCCUUCCAGUAGCCCUGCCGCUAUCGGAUCAAAGUCAAUCCGAUAUAGACGACUCGUUGAGGCAUUGUACCCCAUCGUGCCUCAACUUAUGUAGUCGGAGUGCCCUGUUAGAUUCAUUCAUUGACGAUACAGCUGCUCCCAGUCAUGGUCCAAAAGAAGCUCACCGAGCAUCUGCUCGCUUACAACACAGAUGCAUUCCAGUCGGCAACAACGAAUCCAUGGCUCCGUCUUGCUGGUACCUCACAGCUGCCAACCCAAUCACUUCUAGCUUGGUUGACACAAGAUCGUCUAUACAUCUUUUCCUACAUCCCCUUCAUGGGCAACAUGCUGUCUAAAGCUUCCUUUCCAUCUUCUUCAUCCCGCCAAAAGUCUCUGGAAUGGCGAGUCGCCGAUUGCUUCAUAAACGCCCUUACCAACGUCCGCAGGGAGCUCGGCAUGUUCGAAGACAUCCUGAGAAAACACUUCAAUUGGAAAGAAGGAGGCGAGACCGCUACGAAAGAGACAAGGGCAUACCAAGACAUGUUUGCUGGAGCAGGUGCGGCAAACCAGAGCAUUCUCGUCGGCAUGACGGCCUUGUGGGCUACAGAAAAGUGCUACCUUGAGGCUUGGAAGUAUGCUCUGAGCUUCAAGGAUGAAGUACCGGAAGAGAGGAAGAGCCAUGUGUUACAUACAACACUUAUACCCAAUUGGACUUGCGAUGAAUUCGAAGAGUUUGUGCUGUGUAUUGGUGAGCUUCUUGAUGAGCUUGCUGAGGACAUUCCCGCAGACAGUAAAGAGUGGGUCAAGUGUGAGGAAGUAUGGCAGCAGGUCUUAUGGGCUGAGGAGAACUUCUGGCCCAAGGUAAAAUGAACACAACCCAUCGAGCUCGACCUCCCCCAUACCCAGGAACACUCCUCAACGCGACUGUCAUGAGACGAGAUGUCAUUGAGAUUGGAAACGUCGAUUCUGAGAGCGAUCGGCUUCUUUCCAAUCACACAGCUCUCCAAUCACGAUGUCGCGGCAAAGCAUAGCUGUCAUAAUCAACCAAGAAACUUGGCAUUUGGCGCUCAUCUA